AUGAAGCUUAAAUUGUUUGGUACAUUUCUUGUUUUAAGCUUGGCAAAAUUCGGAGCGGUUCAUACAGACUCCAAUGAUACUGAAGCGAAAUCAUGUGUAAAAUGUGAUAACAAUUGUAAUGAUGACAACGAUCUCUGGCACUGCAUUCGGAUUUGUUGCCCUCGUAAAAAUAUGAUGGCCAAUGGCGGUUGUAGUUUUGAGGAGCAACUCUUUCGAACAAAACUUUGUUUAAACAUAAAACUCGAUGACAAUUCGACAGAGACACUAUAUUUCAACAACCAAACCCUGCAUACAACACCGUUUUGGGAUAUUGAUGAAAUGAUCGGUCUGACCAGAGAUGAUUACACGUUGUACAAGAACGGAACCAUAUACAUUCACUCCGAAAAGAGGCUCAGGAACAAAACGGAAUACUGCUUUUAUCCCCAUCAGAUUUACUCGGACUUUCCACAAACCAUAUGGAUUGUUUUACACGAGUGGUCAUCAAUAGAGAUACCAGGGACUUACGAGCUCACACCAGUUUCUCUUAUAUGCUAUAUCUUCAUAAUCGGCAUUUAUCUUUUCGUAAAAGAACUACGAAAUGUCUUUGGAAUGUGCCUAGUCAGUUGCAUAUUCUGCAUUUUUCUUACCUACCUUAUCUGGCUUAUAGAUGAAUUAAGAUGGAUAGAUGACUUUUGCUCACUGGCAGGUUAUAUCUCGUACUUCUUCGAUUUUGCAACUUAUCUUUGGCUGUCUAUAACUAGCUUUUGCUUAUGGAAGAAAGUUACAGCGAUCGAUCGAGAAGAACAUCGCCAUCAGUUCAUGUUUUACAGUAUCUUUGUCUGGGGCAUAUCUGCUAUUCCACUAGGUAUAAUCUUAUUGAUGAAUCAUCUUUGGGAAGAUGAUCUCCAGAAAUGGAACUGGUUGCCCUUAGUAGGAUUCAGUAGAUGCUCGGUGGAGGUUUAUAGGUGGUCUUCGUGGGCUUAUUAUCGGGGACCUUUUAUGAUCCUUAGUGCGAUUAAUAUUAUUAUGUUCAUUCUGACUAUCAACCACAUUAAAAAAACGAAAAGAGAAAUCAAUAAGUUGACAAAACGAGCAGAUGGGACCAAAACUUGCCUUACUGUCGAUUUUCAAAAGAUCCUAUCAUAUCUGCGGAUCUUCGCCAUUAUGGGCGGAUCUUGGAUACUGUUCCUGAUUUCUUUGGUCAAAUUGAAUACCAACUUUUGGAAUAUUUACGUUAUACUAAUCCGAGUGCUCCAUCGUGGUUUGGGUAUCUUAAUAUGUGUGCUGCUUAUUUUUAAGCGCAGCACCUAUCGCCUGCUCAUUAACAAGUAAGUUCUCCUCAAAUUCUAUUUUUUUCUUUAAUGACAUAAGUAUAUUAUAAUCAGAAUUCGUGGUGAGAACUUUUAAACACAGCCCGAUGCA